AUGUCUGAUAUCGUGGAGUCCAUAAAGAGCGUCCUUGAUGGACCAAUAGACUACAAGUCUCAAAAAUUCACAGAACAAUUGAGUUACAAGGUGUUGAUAGUGGGUGCUGUUAUUUCAAGUUUGGCUGGUUUUGCUGUUCAAGAUAUCAGAACGCUAUUAGCGUUUUCAGCUAUAACGGUUCUAAUAACAUUGGCCAUUGUGGUGCCUCCAUAUCCUGGUUACAAUAAUCAAAAGAUCGAAUGGUAUACUCCAACGAUUGUUAAUUAG